GCCACUGACAAGAUCAAGGACACAGUGAUAACAGCAGGGCAGGGCAGGAGCCACCAGAGCGCUGUCUUCAAGAUCAUGUGUUGUUCCGACAGGCUCUCAUAGGCCAGCAUUCAGGAGGCCUGAUUUUUUAGCAUUUUUGCCCUUUUUGGUCAACCUGGGGAUUUUCAGUUGUUAAGCUUCCUGAGUCAGCUGCCCCUCCCUCAGAGUCCUCCAGGGGGAGGAGGCUGAGCCAGUGCCCUCUGUGGACUCAAGGACUAGCAUCUUGCCAACACACACAGCUCCUCCUGUGCAGCCCUGGGAAACACCAGGCUGUGGCCUGGCAGGAUCUUCAGGAAAAGGAAGCAUCUGACACAAGGUCCCUUGGAGUGAGGACAUGGACAUGUUAUGAAAAGGGCUCCAGAUUGUGACAUCUGCCCAGCAGUGAGGGAGGAUGUUUACCUGUUUGUGAAGGGAACCCCUGAAGAAUACAUUGCUAAAGUGAAAGAAUAUAACACAAACAGUGCGAUAGUGGCCAAUGCCAGAAGGCUGAAAGGCAGAGUUGAUGAGAAGUUGACAGAAGAGGAUAAGCAGAAUGCUCUCAGUGUCCUGAAUAAAGUAUACUCAAGUUCUCUCUGCUGAUGGAACUGUCCCUGCCAGGAGCCCAAGGAAGUCACUUGGCUGAUCACUAAGUAGUGUCAGCAACCCACCAUGUCCAUGUCUGAGUAGGUAAUACCAGAAAUAAAAGGCCUUGCAAUUCACAA